CUGAAUGAAGACAUCUUAAUGUUAAACCAUGGUUAAACGAAUAACUUGUUGAGUAACUACUAUGCCGCCUUACCAUAGAUCGUCUAAGCAAAGCGAUAUGCAAGGCCUGGUUCGUAAAUGUGCCCUGAUAGGUGUGGGUGUUAGCUUCGUUAUUGCCUUUUUUUAUUGGUGUUUGCCGGGCGAGAGCACGGUUCAUUCCGCUGGAAACAGCGCAAGUAUUGACUAUUAUCACAGAACUGCUUGUGAUAAGAAAUACAACGCCACAUAUCCUCUGACUCGUCCAGAAGUUACAGCACAGGGAAAGAGAUUUAGAAUCGGCGUGAUUGCGGAUCUUGAUGAGAAUUCAAAGUCUUCCUCCAAAGAAAAUACAUGGACAAGUCAAUUCAAACGUGGAUAUUUAACACUCAACAAUGGACGGGUUUCUGUGGAGUGGGAUCAAGAUAUAAUUAUUUUAUCUUCCACUUUGUCUCAGAAAGGAAGAGGAAUGGAACUUUCGGAACUUAAAGUUUUUAAUGGGAAGUUGUACGCUGUGGAUGACCGCACUGGUGUUGUUUUCCAGAUUCAGGACAAACACACAGUUGCUUGGGUGAUUUUACCAGAUGGAGAUGGCACAGAAGCAAAGGGAUUUAAAGCUGAAUGGAUGGCAGUCAAAGGUAAAACUCUCUACAUUGGUGGACUUGGAAAGGAAUGGACGACUACAGAGGGAGUUUUCCAAAACCAUAAUCCACAGUGGGUGAAAAGCAUUGGGCCCAAUGGAGAUGUGGUACAUCAUGACUGGGUGUCUAGGUAUGAAGGCUUGCGAGGGGCUUUGGGGAUCCAGUUCCCUGGUUAUGUUAUACAUGAGGCAGCAAACUGGAGUGACAAACACAAGAAGUGGUUUUUCUUGCCGAGAAGAGCCAGCCAUGAGAUGUAUAAUGAGAAAGAUGAUGAACAUCGUGCUACAAAUGUAUUGAUUUCCUGUGAUGAAAAUUUCACAAACUUUCGUGUGCAUACCAUCGGGGAACUCAACUUGACACAUGGCUUUUCUUCAUUCAAGUUUAUUCCAGGAACAGAUGAUAACUUUUUUGUUGCACUCAAGACUGAAGAGGAUAGAGGAACUAUCCGUUCUUAUAUUGUUGCCUAUGACAUUCAUGGAAGGAUGCUUAUGGAUGAGAUUCUAAUAGGCAACAAUAAGUUUGAAGGAAUAGAAUUUAUAUGAAGCCACAUGAUGAGGACUACUUUUAACACUCUCUUAUUUUAGGAUAGUUUUUGUAAUUUAUGAUUAUGAGCUGUCUCUGUUCAUUAUACUCUUUCAAUAAAUUGUUUUUAAGUGGAUAACUGUGCAACAGACUCACAAACAUUUUUCACUAACUCUCCUAACCUGCAAAGGGGUAAAGAAAACUGCAAUCUUACAACAGAGGUUUUUGUUUGAAAUCAUUAUUUGGAGGGCAUCGUACCGUGAUAGUUUCAGAACAAUUAAGGUAUGAUUUUUCUUGUCUCCAAUUAGAGGACACAACAAUUUAUUGGUAAGGAAGGGCAAAGAAGUUACGUGUUGGUAAAAUUUAUGUAACCGGUAGGCUAAGUCAAAGUACAAAGCAAGGAAAUGUGAAUGUUGAAAAAUAUUUGGAGAAUUAGUACUAUUAUCAGUGGGGCCACAAUCAACUUUUAGCAGUGUUGUUUGAUGCGAUGAACAUCUUUCUAAAGCCAAAAAUUCCCAAGUAAAAAGACAGUUCUCUUAUUAGAUUGCAUCAAAGUCUGUAAGGAAACACUAAAUCCAGGUGAAAUGUAAUGUUUUCAGCAAAAUUUGGCCAAAGGGUGACUAUGGCUUUUUUUGCUUCAGCUCAAAUCAUGCAAACUGUAAUCCUGUUUUCUCACAAGCGUGUAUUUGCACUUAUCAUCCUCAGAAGUAUUUAGAUUUACUUUUUCCACAAAGUUAGUCUGUGCAUUGCUCUUUUUUUUUCUUGUUGUUGUCUUUCUACACUGAAGUCUAUUAUAAUUCCUUAUCAGGUUAGAUCAGGUUUGUAUUCUUGGAAAUAAAA